CAGUUUACCACACUUUCUUACAACCGUCCUGUGAAACCCAAACAACAGGUCACGCUUUACUACAGUUUCUACACCAGCGAGUCGUUUAGUGCCAGGCCGUUCGGAUUGACCGUCAAUCUACUGUACAGAGAUGUGGAUGGAAAUCAAUAUCUCGAUGCCGUUUUUAACGAGACCGUGAAUAUCAUUGAAAUUGACGAGGGCUUGGAUGGUGAGACAUUUUUCCUGUACCUAUUUUUAGCAGCUUUUGGCGUACUCCUGUUGGUCGGGGGUCAACAUUUUCUCGCUACUUACUUGAAGAAGAGACCCAUGCAGAAACCAAAAAUAGAAAUGGGCACUCAGAAUGCCAACGACGUUGAUUAUGACUGGUUGCCGAAGAAUACAUUAAACGAACUGAACAAAUCGCCGAGACGUUCUCCGAGGCUAAGAAAGCUGAAGAGGGGAACCGGGUCGGGGGAAGACUGAUGACGGUCGUCAAAUCCCGAGGUGGCUUAGAUUAUGAAUGGGACCUUUUUUUAUUUUUAUACCGGGGAAAUACGUCGAAGUUUUCUAUAAAAAUGACGGGAUUGUGUAACCAGACAUUCCACCAAAGCAGAUUGUUUAUAUUCCUAUUUUUUCAUAACCCAAGCCAUUUGUAAUAAAUGUUGCGACCGUCAAAAGUUUUUCUGCUCUUCCUUUACAAAUUCCGGUGGCAGAAAAUGCACCGGACUCCCACUUCUCAGUCGUGUCGGAUAAAGCAUUUUACCGCAAUGUUUAACACGGAUCUACGAGUACAAAUUAUUAACACGCGUUGUAUAUUUUAUUAAUAGUCAAGUUAAUCACCUAAUGCCAGAUUCGUUGGGCCUUAAGUUGCAGUCUGUAAAUCAUUCAUUUAAUUAAAAAUCCUUCAAACACAUU